CGGUCUCACGAGCGCAGCAGGCAGGCGCAACCGCGAUAACAGGGCCGAGGAGGGGUCCACCAGUAGAAGGAGAUGAACAACUUUCCGCCAGGACUGCUGAAUCCUGGCGUGUCAACGCCUGCGUCCGUUGCUGCUGCUGGUUGGUGCGUCCGAGUUCUCGGCGUGGAGUGUCCGACCGGACGGGUGCUGAUUUUCAAUGUCUUCUUUACGGGUUACGGGGUGUGGAUGCUGCUCCCGCUUAGCAUAAUCCUGCUGCUAGUCUACCGGCUCGUUGGACCCCCCGAGGUAGACGAGCGGGAGGAGCUGCUGCGGCAACAGUGGGUGGAGCAUCGGCAGCGGUUCAAAUCGGGAGCGAAGCGCUCCACCCUGCGGGGGGUAAUCAAGAGCUCCUACCUAACCGAGCUGAGUGACAGAGGCGGCGGCGCCGGUGAUGCUGUCUCCGCGCCCGGCUUGCCGGAAUCGUCUUCUUCUCUCGUCUCACACGCUAACCCCGACGACGAUGACAUCGAUGAUGACAGCAGCUGGGAAGACGUGCGCGUUGCUGCUACCGCUGCCGCCGCCGCUGAACUUCCCCCGCCUCCUAGGGAAACGGUUUCCGUUUUGACAACGCCCGGGCCGACGCGUGUCACCAUCGUGGGAGACAGGGGAGGCGGCAGGAGCCACGGCGGCACUAGCGCCAAAGUUGGUGGUGCUGGCGAAGGCGGCGGCAGCGGCGGCAGGAAACGGCUCGCUGUGCUUACGUUGCACGCCGCGGGGCACAACCAUCGGACGUGCCUCGGUGGUCUUGAGCGGGAGGCAGCGAAGGACGAGGAGCUUGGCGCCGGGGGCGUGGUGUUUUAUCAUGUGGACACGCCCGGGCACGAGGAGGAGCAGGCGAAAGAUGUAGAGGCCAAGGCGCUAUCGCUAGAGGCGCAGGCAGCCCAGCUGCUUGAGGUUACCAUCCAGCUCGGCCUGGAAUGGUUCGUGGGUCUCGGCGUAGGGGCCGGAGCCAACGUUCUCCUGAGAUUCGCCUGCGAUAACCCCGGCAAAGUGGCCGGUCUUAUCCUAGCCAACGCAUCCGGCGAAGCCGCUGGCCGACGCGAGCGUAACGCGUGGUUGUCCCCCCGCUUCAGGCUAUCGUGGGAGAGCGACAUGAGGGCGGCGAGGGAAGCCCUGGUGCCUCUCAGCUUCCCGCCGCACUCUUCUCUGGGAAAUCGAUAUCGCGCCGGCCUGGGAACCAUGGCACUCUGGCAACGUCCUCAAGUACGUGGAUGCGUCACUAUGUCGGGACGAUAUCGCUGUCUCGAGACUACAGAAAAAAUGAAAGACCACCGAAGGUGA